AUGGCUUUAAAUAAAUCAUCGGCAAAUCCUCAGCUGAAUACAAGUGGAUAUUUUAAUGCACUUAAAAGCGGACAAUUUAUUGCUUACAAUGGAAAUGGGAAUCCAAUGACAAUAAGUAGUAGAGACAACUAUACCUUUAAUAUCAAUUCAUUGGUAGGUUCUGCUGCUUGGGUAAACGAUUUAGCUGUAACAAUAAUUGGACGACGUUUAUCUACACCAGUUUAUAAUAAUAUUACAUUUUCGACUUAUGGAUCUGAAGGACAACAAUUUGCAAUGGAUAAUUUAUGUUUAACAACCAUUUUAAUUUUACAACCAAUUAUUAGUUGCUAG